UCCGUCUCUGUCUCCUCGGUCUGGGUGCACGCGUCGACGACUCUAUACAGCGGUCCGGUACACAGCUGCUGGCGGUGGCGAUAUGGAUUGUAUUAGGUAGUACCGCAUCUAAUCUUCUGCACGGAAACGGGCAAUGUGCAAAGUGAGGCCGCCAGGCCGUUGACCAUGACCAAUCAGAGCACAUCGGCCAUGUCAUCCAUCUGGUCUAUUGGAACACCACCUGAACUUCUUCUUUUGUCCCGACAUCAUCUUCACUGCCUCUGCUGCAUCGCACUGUGCUCUGUAUACCAAUGUUGAGUGCACUGCGCAGGACAGCGCGGUCCCCGCGAGUCGUCGCUCCAUACCACCGAUUGCAAACCACGCCUGUCCGCAGAACAUACGCCUCUGUCACCGACCUCCAACAGUACCCAAAGACGGGAGACAGCCUGCAUGGCUUCACUCUCCAGCGCAAGGAGAAUGUGCCUGAGCUAGAAUUGUCCGCUCUCCAGUUCACCCACAAUAAAACGGGUGCCGAAUACCUGCACAUUGCAAGAGAUGAUACCAACAAUGUUUUCAGCAUCGGAUUCAAGACAAAUCCGCCCGACGCCACUGGAGUGCCUCAUAUCCUCGAACAUGUUACCCUCUGCGGGUCGGAGAAGUAUCCUGUUCGCGAUCCUUUCUUCAAGAUGCUCCCCCGAUCUUUGCAAAAUUUCAUGAAUGCCAUGACCAGUUCUAGCUACACCUACUAUCCUUUCGCGACUACUAAUAUCCAGGAUUACAAGAACCUAAUGGGCGUAUAUUUGGACGCCACCCUGCACCCACUGCUGAAGAGAACAGACUUUUUGCAAGAAGGAUGGAGAGUGGGACCAGAGAAUCCCAAAGCACCUGCGGAAGACGACAAGGGAAGCGACUUGGUAUUCAAGGGUGUCGUGUACAAUGAAAUGAAGGGACAAAUGUCAGACGCCACCUAUCUGUUCUACUCGCGCUUCAUGGAGCACAUCAUGCCCUCCAUCAAUAACAGCGGAGGUGAUCCUCAGAAGAUUACCGACUUGACCUACGAAGGACUGAAAACAUUCCACGAAGAACACUACCACCCGAGCAACAGCAAGAUACUGACAUACGGCGACCAAUCAGUGGAAGAGCAUUUGCAAUUUUUGGGCGAACAGCUGUCACGGUUCAACCAGAGAGCAGUGGACAAGGAGGUGAAAUCUCCCAUCGCGAUAGAGGAGCCGCUCCACGUCACUGUGAAGGGUCCCAUCGAUCCUUUGACCCCGCCGAAUGCGCAGUACAAGACGUCUUUGAGCUGGAUAGCUACAGAAAGAACGGAUCAGGUGGAGUCGUUUGGUCUCCAGAUUGCGACGAAUCUGCUCAUGGACGGCUAUGGCUCGCCUCUGUACCAAUCUUUGAUUGAGUCUGGUUUGGGCACGGAUUUCUCGAUGAACACAGGCUAUAUGCCUCUCGGCAGCAAGUCCAUCUUCUCACUAGGCCUCAACGGCGUCUCAGAGGAGAACCUGCCCAAAAUCAAGGACGUCAUCUAUCAGACCAUCGAGGAGAGUAUUGCCAAAGGACUGGAGAAGCAGAAAGUCGAUGGAAUCUUACAUCAGCUCGAGCUUGGCCUCAAGCACAAGAAAGCGGCGUUCGGUAUGGGAAUUGUCUCGCGACUGAAUCCUGGAUGGUUCAAUGGGGUAGAUCCGUUUGAGUCGCUUCAAUAUAACAAAGUCGUCGACGCAUUCAAGGCAAAUUAUGCCAAGGGAGGUUAUCUGGAGGGACUGCUUAAGAAGUACCUUCUCACGGACAAGACCCUCACGUUCACUAUGACGCCAAGCACGACCUACUCCGCAGAUAUUGCUGCCGAGGAGGCGUCUAGACUUAAGAGCAAGAUCGACGAGGCCAUCAAGAGCUAUCCGAGUGAGGAAGAAGCCCACAAGCAGCUUCGCGAGCGUGAAUUAGAACUCAUCAAGGAGCAGGAUGCUGGUCACACUGAGUCUGUCGAUUCUCUGCCAUCCUUGAAGGUCUCCGAUAUCGCCCGAACAGACAAGGAGAUUCAGUUCGAGGACAGCACAGUGUACAACGGUGUCAAGGUGCAGUGGCAUCAGGCACCUACCAACGGUCUGACAUACUUCCGAGCACUUUCGAUCCUCAAAGAUCUGCCAGAUGAGCUGCGGAUGCUGGUUCCGCUGUUCUGCGACAGUCUGAUGCGGAUAGGCACAAAGAACAAAUCAAUGGGCCAGCUCGAAGAUGAGAUGAAGCUCAAGACGGGAGGCAUCAGUUUCGGCCACUUUUCCAGCACCUCGCCUCACGACACACAGAGAGUAGAAGAAGGUUUCUCGAUUGGUGGCCGUGCAUUUGAUCAGAAUGUCCCUGCGAUGUAUGAGCUCAUCCAGACCAUCCUGCUCGAAACGGACUUCGACUCACCAAACGCACACAAGAUGAUCCGACAACUGCUGCAGAUGGGCGCUAGUGGCGCAGUUGAUGGUGUCGCUUCGGGAGGCCACAUGUACGCCAUGCGCUACGCAACAGCAGGGGUUUCCCCAGCGGGCAAGAUCUCUGAGCAGAUUGGCGGCAUCACCCAAGUCAAACUCAUAACCAGCCUCGCGGCCGCAGAAGAGAACCCUGAGGCGAUGAAAGAGCUCAUCAACAAGCUCAAAGCAAUUCAGUACCUUGCGGUAUCCAGCAUUCGGGAAGGCAAUAUGCGAGCAGCCCUCACAUGUGGAGCAGACGCCGCAUCCUCCAAUGAGUCCUCCCUCAACUCUUGGCUCGGCACAGUCUCUCGCUCGAAUCUGUCAUCCCCAUCUUUGUCCGGACUCUUCCCAUCGGCGACCAACGACUUCGCGACUCACCGUAACACACUCUUCAACCUUCCCUACCAAGUCUCAUAUUCCGCCCUCACAGUUCCAACAGGACCAUACACGUCCCAACCCACAGCCGCAAUCGCCGUCUUAUCCCAACUCCUCACUCAUCGCCAUCUUCACGCCGAGAUCCGCGAGAAAGGCGGAGCCUAUGGCGGUGGAGCUACCAGUAGCGGACUCACAGGUACCUUUGGAAUGUACUCAUACCGUGAUCCCAACCCGGAUAACACACUAUCUAUCUACAAGAAUGCACUUCGAUGGGCAGCCAAACAAGAGUGGAAUGAUCGAGACAUGCAAGAAGCCAAGCUCAGCGUAUUCCAAAAAGUCGAUGCACCGAUCAGUGUCAGUCAGGAGGGUAUGACGAGAUUCUUGAAUGGGAUUACCUAUGAACAGGAACAGCAGCGGAGAGAAUGGCUCUUGGAUGUGACACCAAAGGAUUUGGUGGCAGCGGCAGAGGGCCUUGUGAGAAAAGUGGACAACGAGAGUUACGUUGCAGUCUUUGGGAACAAAGAGGGCAAGAAGUUUUUGCAGGAGGGAGGUUGGCAGGUAGAAGAGAUGGGGCAGUCGAAGAAGAUUGAGGAUCCUGUCAUGGAAGGUGAGGGUACCGAAGAGGGAAUGGCUGCUGUUGGGGCCUCGUGAAAUGGAGCUUUGAAAAAAGAGGGAAACGGAGGAUGAUUCUCCGCUUUGAUGUAAGAAUUAUUGUAUGAAAGUUCAU